AUGGGAGGAAGAGGAAGACGACACAGAGGAGGUCGUUCUCAUAGGAACCAAUCAGAAGACGUCAGCAGAGAAAACGUUCCGAAACCCCUCAAAUCCUUCGAUUCCAGCAUCCAAAAUCGAACCUGGUCGAAUCUUGAUUUGGAGGAGUAUUACAAGGAGCAAAAGAUAGUGAAAGCAGAGGAGUGGGAUUCAUUCAUUGACAUUCUCCGAAAGCCAUUGCCUGCUGCUUUCAGAGUUAACUCCAAUGGCCAGUUUUGCCAUGAGAUUCUAUCGAUAUUGGAGAAUGACUUCGUUAAAUCUCUUCAGGCUGAGGCUGUAGAGAGUGGUGAAUUGGAGGCUAUCAAGCCCUUGCCUUGGUACCCUAACAAUCUUGCUUGGCAUUCUAAUUUUUCUCGCAAGGAGAUUCGAAAAAACCACACUCUUGAAAGGUUUCACGAGUUCUUAAAGUUAGAAACUGAAGUUGGGAACAUGACCAGGCAAGAAGCAGUUAGCAUGGUACCUCCUCUCUUCCUUGAUGUACAUCCAGAUCAUUUUGUCCUUGACAUGUGUGCUGCACCUGGUUCCAAGACAUUUCAGCUACUUGAGAUAAUUCAUGAAUCAGCACAACCAGGAUCCCUACCUAAUGGAAUGGUGGUGGCGAAUGAUGUUGAUUAUAAAAGAUCUAACCUUCUUAUUCACCAAACUAAAAGAACGUGUACGACCAACUUGAUAGUCACUAACAAUGAAGGUCAACAUUUCCCAAACUGCAACUCGAAGAGUGCCUUGUCCAUCAUAGCAUCUGACAAGUACCAUGGUCCCAUUGAUCAGCUUCUCUUUGAUCGUGUCUUAUGCGAUGUACCGUGUAGUGGUGAUGGUACUCUGCGCAAGGCUCCAGACAUAUGGCGAAGAUGGAAUUCUGGAUCGGGAAAUGGACUUCAUAGUCUACAAGUAGUGAUUGCCAUGAGAGGUUUGUCACUGCUAAAAGUUGGUGGGAGAAUGGUAUACUCAACCUGCUCAAUGAACCCAAUUGAGAAUGAAGCUGUUGUUGCUGAAAUUAUGAGGAGAUGCGGUUGCUCCGUUGAGCUUGUAGAUGUCUCAGAUAAGCUUCCUGAACUUAUCCGAAGACCUGGUAUUAAGAAGUGGAAGGUGCAUGAUAGAGGUGUCUGGUAUAGAUCUUACAAAGGCGUUCCAAAACUGCAGAGGGACAGUGUUCUAAGAAGCAUGUUUCCUUCUGGUAAAAGUGAUAAAGACUCAACAACAGGUGCCGGAAGCAACUCUGGGGAAAUGGCUUCUAUCCGUUGUGAUGAAUCAGCUGAGGAAGAAGUCUGUGAUCUUCCUCUUGAACGCUGUGCGAGGAUAGUACCUCAUGAUCAGAACACUGGGGGAUUCUUCAUUGCAGUGCUUCACAAAGUUUCACCUUUACCAGAUUUUCAGGAGAAACUAUAUCAGAGAAGGAAUGCCAGAGGCAGAAACUCUGAUACUGUGGUUGCACAACCUGAAGAGAAUACAAAGGAAAUAGUUGUAGAAGAAGCAGCUUCAGAUAAUGGUUUGAAGCUUGAGAAGGAACCAACCAACAAAGAAGGCACUGUAGAAUUGGCUAAAGAAGUACCACCAGUGCAUGGGAAGUGGAAAGGCCUUGACCCUGUUAUUUUCUUGAGAGAUGAAACAGUGAUCAACGGGAUCAAGAGUUUUUACGGCAUCAGGGAUGAGUCUUUUCCUCUCAACGGCCAUCUCGUGACUAGAAACAGCGACACGAGCAGCAAAGGCAAUGUGAAGAGGAUAUACUAUGUUUCACGAUCGGUGAAGGAUGUUCUUGAGCUUAACCUUGCGGUUGGGCAGAAGAUUAAGGUCGCAUCUGUUGGCCUCAAGAUGUUUGAGAAACAAUCAGCAAGAGAAUGUGAAGCUGGCUCAUGCUCAUUCCGCAUAACGUCAGAGGGGUUGCCUGUGAUCCUUCCCUACAUGACCAAGCAAAUACUUCAUGCAACAAUGGUGGAUUUCAAGAACCUCCUGCAACACAAAUCGAUCAAGUUCCCUGAGUUCGUGCAUCCAGAGUUUGGCCAGAAAGCAGCAGAAGUAGCUGAGGGAUAUUGCGUUGUUAUUCUUGUUGAUGGUACUCAGAAGCUAGGGUCUGAAACAGUCAAAGUGAAUUCAUCAACAAUAGCCAUUGGAUGCUGGAAGGGCAAAGCCAGCUUAACCGUUAUGGUCACGACCGUGGACUGCGACCAACUUAUUCAGAGACUUCGUUGCUGA